GAAGUGCGUAUUGCCGUGGGACGGAAGUGACGUCGUGGCGCGGCCGCCUCCGGAGAGGAGGCGGUUUCGGCCGGCGCGGCGGCGGGGCGCCGUGGGGGGAAGAUGCCCGUAGCGGUGAUGGCCGAGAACUCCUUCAGCUUCAGGAAGCUCCUGGAGCAGUGCGAGACGCAGGAGCUCGAGGCCCCUGGAGGAAUUGCAACACCCCUUGUUUAUGGCCAACUUCUAGCUUUGUACUUGUUGCAUAAUGACAUGAACAAUGCACGAUAUCUUUGGAAAAGAAUCCCUCCUGCUAUUAAAUCUGCAAAUGCUGAACUUGGUGCAGUUUGGUCAGUAGGGCAGAGAAUCUGGCAGAGGGACUUCCCGGGAAUCUAUACAACGAUCAGUGCACAUCAGUGGUCUGAGACUAUACAACCCAUCAUGGAAGCACUUAGAGAUGCAACUAGAAGACGAGCCUUUGGACUGGUUUCUCAGGCAUAUACCUCAAUAGUUGCAGAUGAUUUUGCAGCCUUUGUUGGACUUCCUGUAGAAGAAGCUGUGAAAGGUGUAUUGGAACAGGGCUGGCAAGCAGACUCUUCAACUCGUAUGGUAAUGCCUAAAAAGCCUGGUGUACUGGAAGCUUGCUUUAACAGAUUUAUUCCUUCAUCAGAAACUGCUCCAGUUCCACCAAUUCCAAAUGAACAACAGUUGGCCAGAUUGACUGACUAUGUGGCUUUUCUUGAAAACUGAUUACCCUGCUCCUGUGUCCAGAACAACUUGGGAAUCCUGUGUACUGACAGUUCUAGAAAUCUGAGACUUAUUUUACUUCUGUUAAAUGUUGCAGCAUCCCCUAUCAAAAUGUGUAAAGUAUACCAUGUAUAUUAUCCCAGUUUGUGUUUUGCCAAAGCCAAGCUAGCAAUUGAAACAAUCCUUUGACUCCUGUAAUAUUUAUUUGGUAGGUACACAGCAGUAUUAUAUGGUAAGUUUUUUUUUUUAUUGACUUGUAGCCAAGAGAGGCAGAACUUUUUUUCAAGUAUAUUACAAAUGCAGAAGAAAAACUUUGAGUACUGAAGCAGGUUAAUUGUAUUGAGGGAUUUGUGCUAGUGGAUUACAUGCCUCUUAUUGCAAGUACUGCAGUGCUUAUCACAGAUCAAUUGUGUCUUGAACUUAAAUGCAAAGAGCGGAAGACUGCCCUACCUGUAUUUGUAGAGAGAAAGCAUUGUGAUGAAACAAUAACUUGCAUAAGAAACCAAUUUACAGUAACUUUUUUGCAAGUCUGUUUUUGUGGCAUUUUGAUAAUUUUCUUGUUUUUCUAGAUUGUUAAAUCUCUCUUCUUGUUUUGAUUGACUUGAGAAAAAAUAUCUCGUCAAGCAUACUUUUUGCAGCAUAACAUUGUAUGUGGGGCAUCUACAGGAUAAGUUUUGAAGCCACUUCAGAAAGGCAAAUGUUCACUUUGAGGAAGCAUUUUUAUUAUUGGAAGGCUUUAUUUUUGAGUGAUUGCAUGCUGGACAGCAGAUAUUUUGCUUGGUAACCUUACCCCUUUUUAAAGCCUGUCAUGUUAUGGCUGUCUUCAGUACUCUGGGCCGGGCUGUUGUCUGUCUUAACUUUCUGGAUUACCUCUGCAGUCAUUGGGAAGGAAUUUAAAAAUGAGAGUAGGUGUCCUUGAGCAGAGGCCAAUCAGGAUGGAGAUGAUAUUUUAUGCUGCCAUGUCAAUUUGAGGAGUAAAUUUCCUAUACCAGAGCACUGCUCUAUUAAUCUUUGAGUUCGGAGUGGACUUCAGAAGCAGAAAGAAGAUGACUUACAUUCCCAGGCUUCUUUUGCUGAAAAGGCUAUGGGAAAAUAGUGGUGUUUUAAAGGGCAGUGCUUGCCUUCGCUGGCCUCUCCCCCUUUACUUUGCUUCUCAACGUGAUAUUCGGUGGUUUGUCACUGAAGAUGUCGGGUGUGCUGUCUGCGAUGGUUUUUCCAGUGUGCACUACCUACUGUACAUUCUCUCGCUGGGGGAUGUGUUAGUGAGGAGGAAUUCUAAACUGUGCACUGCUGCUUUGAAAGCUCCCUUUGUAUGUAAACGUUUACUGAAAAUGAUUAUUUAUUUGAAACCCACCUAGUCUUGGACUUCUAAAUAUGAUGCAAAUUCAUCUUCAGUGAUAUUAAAGAACACGUUUACACUGA